CCCAACAAUAAAGACUGAGGCAGUUGCCGCCUGUGUUUGCAUUGUAUCUUUGUGCAGCAGUGCGUUCAGUGGUGUGUCAGAGGCAGGGACGGAGCAGCAGCUAUGGAUGAUGUAUAUAAGGCAGCGGUUGAAAACUUGACAGAGGAACAGAAAAAUGAGUUCAAGGCUGCAUUUGACAUCUUCAUCCAGGAUGCAGAGGAUGGCUGCAUCAGCACCAAAGAGUUGGGGAAGGUGAUGAGGAUGCUGGGACAGAAUCCCACCCCUGAAGAGUUGCAAGAGAUGAUUGAUGAGGUGGAUGAGGAUGGCAGUGGCACAGUAGAUUUUGAUGAGUUCUUGGUUAUGAUGGUCCGCUGCAUGAAGGAGGAGAGCAAAGGAAAAUCAGAGGAGGAACUGGCUGAACUCUUCCGCAUGUUUGACAAGAAUGGAGAUGGCUACAUAGACUUAGAAGAGCUGAAGGCCAUGCUGGAGUCCACUGGAGAGGCAAUCACGGAAGACGACAUUGAGGAGCUGAUGAAGGAUGGAGACAAAAACAACGAUGGCAAAAUUGAUUAUGACGAGUUUCUGGAGUUCAUGAAAGGUGUUGAAUAAAUGAUUCAGCUGGAGGCCUCUCACUGCAGCAGCUAUCUUCACUUUUGACAACAUCGUCUAAGGCCAUUCCUGAAGACAUGCCUCCAGUUUCUGUCUGCUUUUAACAAUACAAACAACACACCUGUCCUCAGCAGACGCCCGUCCUGUUAGUUAUUCUCACACAACACUGCCAAGGCAAAGGUUUGCCUCACAACAACUGCAAAGAUAUAAAGGCUGUUUACAAUAAAAAAUAUUUUCAUAAUUGUA